UGAUGAUUGAAGAAGAGGGACUGUAAAUAAAGAGUUAAUUAGAAUAAUAAUUAAUAGAAGCUAUUCUAGAUUCAUUAUAGAAUCACAUGAACUAGAAUGCCAUAUUUUUGGGUAAUUAGUGUUGAGUUCAAAUUUCAAUAGCUGAGAGAUUAGUGUAUGAACGUGAUACAGAGGAGCAUAGAUCACUUUUGGCAGAAUGCUAUUUACAUGAGAAUCAGCCUUAUAAAGCUUGUCAUAUAUUAAAGGAAUGCAAGUCUGAGUUUAAUCGGUAUAUGACAAUUUGUAAUAGGAACAUAGUUAUUAAUUGGCAGUUGCUUAUUUUAGAAACAAAAUGUAUAAGGAAGGUGAAAUUGCAUUAAUAGGUCCUUCAUUUAGUAAUUAAUUUGCAUUGUAGUCAUCAAAUAUACCUAAUGGAGGUUUUGGUCAUUUCUUGUUGGGAUAGAUUUAUGAAUAAACACAUAGAUUAGAUGAUGCUAAAAUUUAAUAUUAUAAAUCUUUGGAUCUGAAUCCAACACUUUGGAUGGCCUUUGAAAGAUUGUCCAAGAUUGGUGAACCAGUUACUAUAAAUAAAGUGUUUAUAGAUUAAAAACAGAAACAAUAUGAAAUAAGUAGAUAAUAGAGUUGUAACAUAUAUAAAAUAAUUGGAAACUCACUUAAAAAUAAAUCAAAUCUUACAAAAUCUGGUUAAAAAGAAGUUGAUGAUGUAAAAGAGGAAUCUCUAAUAAUAGAUAAUGUAAUUUAAUAUUAAUUAAUUUAUAAAGAUUAAUAAGAGAUAGACAUAAGGAGUGAAACCAUUUUCAACAACUGGAGUAUAGACUUAAAUAAUUCAUUUAGAUGACUCAUCAAAUAGUUAAAUGAAGUUUUCGUGUAAAUAUUAUAUAAUAUUAAGAACCAUAAUAAAAGAAGAUUGGUGCUAAAAUGAUCCCAACUCCAGGUAUUGGAUUAUAGAAUUAUCAAUCUCUAUUAAGUCAACCAUUUCAGUUAUCAUAAAAUCCAAAUAAAAAUUAAAAUACAAAAAAGAGUGAAAUUUAGAAAGUGAAUUGUGUAGCUCUUUAAUCAUCAUCUAGUUUAAUAAAGUAUUGAAAUUAUUCUACUGGAAGCUUACCUCAACUAUUAAAAUAAUUUGCCCAUCCAUAUUAAUUAUGGACUAAUUAUUCUGUAGAGGCAAUAGCCAAUUUUUAGAAACUGCCUCCUCACCAUUAUAGAUCAGGAUGGGUUUUAGAGAAAGUUGCUAGAAGUUUUAUGGAUUAAGUCAAAUAUACAGAUGCAGAAAAAAUUUGGAAAGAGAUGAGAUAAAUUGAACCUACUCGUUUAGAAGGGAUGGAUUAUUAUUCAUCUUGUUUAUGGCAUUUAAAGAAAUAAUCAGAAUUAACAUAUUUAGCACAUUCUUGUUUAUAAAUAUCUAUGUAAGCACCUGAAACAUGGAUUGCAAUAGGAAAUUGUUUUAGUUUGAUGAAAGAAAUUGAUAAUUCAAUUAAAUUCUUUGGAAGAGCAAUUCAAUUGAGAAAAGAUUACUCUUAUGCUUAUACUUUAUCUGGACAUGAGUUUUCACAGAAUGAGAAUUUUCAAUAAGCCAAAAAAUCAUAUGAUACUGCAACCUCAUUAGAUUAAAGAUAAUAUAAUGCUUGGUGGGGUUAAGGUAAUAUGUAUUAUAAGACUGAUAAAUAUGAUGAUGCCAAAAAGUGUUUCAUAUAAGCCAUCAAAAUAAAUCCUAAUAAUCCUGUUCUACCAACAUUUUUAGCUAUGAGUUAUGCAGCUCAAGGUAAUCAUAAUGAAGCUUUGAAAUAUUUUGAAUAAAGUGAGAAAUUAGAUCCUAUGAAUGGACUUAAUAAAUAUUAGAAAGUAUUAUGGAUUUUAUAAUUAGGCAAAUUCAUUAAUUAAAUUGGAUAAAUAUGAAUAAGCUUUAAAUGAAUUAUAAAGUUUGAGUUAAUUUAUUCCCAAAGAAACUGCCAUCUAUAUACUUAUGGGUCGUAUACUAAAAAAGUUGAAUAAGAUCAAAGAAGCAUAAAAGUAACAUAUAUAUGUUAUUUUUUUUAGUUGUUUCAAUAUGGCCAUGUCACUUGAUAUGAAAGAUUAGGCUAAGAUUAAAGGAUUAAUGGAAAGUCUGAGCAAUCCCAAUAGUGAAUUCAACGAUGAUUUUGAUUUAUGAC